AUGUUCGGCAAACAAGACCAACAAAACAGCACCGAGACUGAUGACCUCAAAGCCAAGCUCAACUACGGAGCUGAGAAGGAGAAACAGAUCAUGAACGAGAUUAGAAACGGCAACAAGGCCAAGAGCUUCAGCCAGUUGUUCGAGAGUAGUCUUGGAGGUGAAUACUUCAGCAGGCCGUUUGCGUCUCUGUUCAAAAACGGCCGAAUUCACUCGCUUACCGAUCAGAACAUAUACUCUGUCUUGAACUCGUCAACGGGCGAAGUUUUGUACAGAUAUCAAAGCGAAACGCCCAUCCAACACGACUCACUCCUGGCUCCUGCUUGGAACGAGCUUGUUGCCUGCGGACUCAACCAUGAGGCAGCUUCCCGUGUUUUUUUCUGGACAACAGACGGACUCAUUGAACACGAGCUUGAUUUGGGAAGUUUGGCCGGAAUCCACAACGUUCGCGACGAAGUGCUUUUGGCCGUGCAAAAGGACGGCUCCGUGCUGCAAAUCGACCAAGAGUACGGCCAAAGUACCGUUGCUCAGGUCGGGCCUGUCGACGCCAGCAAACUGGCGUUCUUUGCUGACCAACUGGUGCUGGUCACUAAGAGCUCAGCGGGAACGGUCUACAAGAUACUAGAUGGACCGGAGGGCCGUCUGGGAUGUCAGUUUGACGACGUUCUGGUCACAGACGAAGGACUUGUGUGCAACAAGGACAUAUACAAGCUGGAGAGCGGGAAAUUGCAGAAAUACAAAAACUCCCCGCUGGCUGCCGUUGCCGGGAAAACAGCACGCGUGGUCGAUUCCCAGUAUUUGGUGACUGUGGACGAAAACAUUAACGUGUACGAUCUGGACGAGCCCAGCAGACUUCUUGAGUCGCACGCGCUGAAGUCUCCAGCCGACCUGGUUGAGGCUGACACGGUGGAUGGCUCGGUUGCCGUUUUUGUUGUUUCUGGUGACGAUCUUCUGUUGCUUGUUGGAGGAGAGCUGGUAUGGGCCAGAGACGAGUCUUUGGCGGAAAUCAGCGACGUCGUUAUCAUCGACCGCCACGAAGAGCUAAGCGUGACGUUUGAGGACUUUGAGCACGAAAAGCACUGGUCCGGCUACAUCGACAGACUCAAGCACAAUUUGCAAUUGCUCUUCCAGGAGCCACAUAAAGACACCGACAAACACUUUGGAUUCAACAAGACGAUCAUUGUGCUGACCGGAAACGGCAAUCUUUACGGGUUUGACAGCUACGGCCAUCUUGAAUGGAGUAUUAAGGAGCACGAAUUUUCCCGGAUUUUCAGGCUGGAUAACCAGGCAUAUGCCGUUAGUGAAAAAGUAUACGCAAUACAGGACGGAAAGCUCCUGGAGACGGACGUGAAAGAGGAGCAGAAAGCACUGUAUCCUCCAAAUCUGGACGAUUCGUACCGUCUCCUGACAACUGCUGCCAGAGGAUACAAUAACACGGAGGUGGCGUCUCCCGCCGUUGUUUUGGCAAGCCGCAGAGUUCUGUACAAGUUUCUGAACCCGCAGACCUCUGUUGGUGUGUUUUAUAACGAAAACUCUGCUCUUCUCAAGUUUGUGGUCUACAACAAGGCCACAAACCAGACAUACGCGUCGUUCGAACACUCCACAAAGAAUCCAGACUCAUUGAAAUUGGUGUUUGAGGAGAACUUCAUUGUAUUCACCACGAGCGAGAAAAACGCAGAGACGAGCAUCCUAGGCGUCAUUGAGCUGUACGAGUCGCUCACUCCUGACCAGAGAUCAAAGGUCCCUGAACACCAGGUGCGCACAUACGUUUUUCCUGCGCCAGUGGCCGCCAUGACCGUGACACGGACAAAAUACAACAUAGCCUCCAAAUGGCUGAUCGUGGCACUUGAAUCCGGGGAGAUUGUGGCCGUUCCUCGCACACUGGCCAACGCAAGACGGCCGUUUGUCGUGAGCAAAAAACAGUCCGAAGAAAUGCUGAUGAAGUACCAGCCCGUCCUGCCGGUGAACCCCAAACUCACGCUGUCUCAUUAUAGGAAAAUCAUCGGCACCAAAAAACUCGUUUCGGUGCCCACAGAGCUGGAGUCCACGACGCUCCUUGUUGGCGCGGGGAUCGACCUGUUUGCGACGCUUGUGCGUCCAUCGAGCUCUUUUGACUCCAUGCGGGGCGACUUCAGCAAAACGACUCUCCUGGCAACGAUUGCAGUUCUCGUUGUUUCGAUUCUUGUUGUGCGGCCGCUUGUCAACCAGAAACGGGUCAAAGAUGUGUGGCAGACGCGCAUCUAG